AUGUGUUUCGUUACGUCUUUUGAAAACUAUAAAGACUGUUCUGGUGGAGUGUGUGUGAUUAUGCGUAAGUACGAAGUCGUAUAUAAUGUAUCCGAUGGUCGUACAAUCGAAUCAACAACAAUAGAAUCUGGAGGACCUGGACCAAAUUCGGUCAAUCGCACGGCGUCGUGUUAUUAUCAUAGUACAAAAGUGAGAACUGUUCGAUGGGAAUGGCCAAAUCCACUAAUACUUCUGGAUACGAAAAUUAUGGUGGAUAAAUCAAGAGACUCUCAAUUUUCAUCAAAAUAUAUGACUGUGAAUGAUGAACAAUAUCAAGACGGUUUUGAGAAGGCGGUAGACUCUACAAAGAAAUCAUCAGAUUCGACAAAAAGCAAAUAUUUUUAUACAAUUAUGUUGUUAUUUGUGAUUGUUUGUGGCAUCGUGACCGUAAGUGUCUUUCAAUACAAAGUUCACACAAAGCAUGAGGAUCAAGACACAGAUAUCGACCAAACAUCAAUACCGAUCGAUGGCAGUCCUCAGUUACGCAGCGGUUCUUCAUAUCACAGAGAAUAUCGUCCUGAAAAACUUGGCCAUAUGAAUAUUUAUAUGCGUAAACCAGUUGAUCACAGUAAUCGACGGGAUUUUGAACGAUAUCGUUUUCCAGUCGCACGCUAUGAUCGUAACCGAUUUCCACUGAGAGGUCCAUUUCUAAGUUUCAUGCCACAAAUACCAUUAUUUGUUGAUCGACUAACGCAACAAACAAUCAUAUUCUCACCAUCAGGAGUCUAUAUUCUACCACCAGUGAUCAACUUUUUUGGACGAAGAUUUUCCAUCGCAGAUUUAAUUGCUUCUGGUUAUGCAAGUUUAGUUAGUAGUGGUGCUCCACCCACUGGUCCAAUUAACAUGAUGCCUUAUUUUCAACCAAUACCAUUAUAUGGUGCCGGUAUACCAACCAUCGAUUCAUUUACCGGUGGUUUUCGUGGUGGUAUUCGAACAAAACACAGAUCUUUUGAUAUACGAAAACAAGAAAGAGAAUAUGUGGAUAUUGAAUCGACAUAUGAAACUGAAGAAGAUUAUGAUGAAGAAACUGACAGUGAAGAGCCGCCAUAUUCAGAACACGAAUAUAGAAAAUCGCCAUCGUAUCGAUAUGAACGUCCUCGGUAUCAUCAGACAGGUACAAAACACACAACCAAAAGUACUACUCCUCAAAUUCCGGUAUCUAAUAUAGAGUGGGGACCCUGCACACAUCCUGCUCUCAUCCAGACACCAGCUGAAUGUGGUCUUCUGUCCGUUCCACUCGAUUACAAUCGUCCACAAGGAACCAAAAUCAAAAUAGCAGUAUCACGUAUCAAACAUACAGUAUUGGACGACAACUUCCAAGGCGUUAUGUUACUCAAUCCAGGAGGUCCCGGUCAAUCUGGUUUACCACUAGUUCUCAUAGUACAAGCGUUUCCAAUAGAAGUCAGUCAGACAUAUGAUUUCAUUGGGUUCGAUCCACGUGGUGUAGGUUCCAGCGAACCGGCCGUCAGAUGUGAACUUACUUCUUCCAAAGAUCCCCUUCCAGAGCCUAUUCCAUCGACUCAAAACUUAGAAGAUAUUUGGUUGAAUAUUACAGAAACGUUUGCUUCGAACUGUGCCAAGAAUAAUAAACUAUUGCUUCCAUAUAUGACCACAGUUGAUACUGCAAAAGAUAUGGAAAGCAUUCGUUUAGCUCUUGGACAAGAACAAAUAAACUAUUAUGGAUUUUCUGCUGGUACCUAUCUAGGUCAAAUCUAUGCAACAUUAUAUCCAACUCGUGUGAGACGUAUGGUUCUUGACUCAAGUAUCGAUCCCGAUAAAGUGUGGUAUCCAGCAAAUCUUCGUUUACCUGAAAGUAUUAAUCGCAAUAUGGAAAUCUUCUUUCGGUGGAUAGCAAAACAUACGAAUGUCUACCGUCUGGGCAAUACCAAAAGCGAAGUCGAAUUUCAGUGGUUUAAAGUACGAAAUCAAUUAGAAGGAAAUCCGAUCAAUGGUAUAAUUGGCCCAUACGAAUGGGCCAAUCUAUUCUCUCCGGUCGCUUAUACGCAAGAAUCAUGGUUAACAUUCGGAGCAGCUCUUAGCGAAUUGGUGAACGAAAACAAUGCGACUCUAAUUGUACAACUAUAUCUAGAACUAAUCGCUCAACAGGGAAAUACUGCAGACGCCUCCUCGUUCACUAUGUGCACUGAUGCUCCUUCGCCUCGAAACUGGGAGAAGGUUCGACUAGACUUUUGGCGUGUUUAUCCACAGGCUCCUAUAACAACCUGGCCUAUUGCCUGGGGGAGUGCACCUUGUUUAUACUGGGCUAAAAAUGGACAUAAGUCAGUGAUUGUGAACGGUGAAGACAUUGGUGAUAUCCUAUUAGUCAUUCAAACUCUGGAUCCCGCUUUACCAUUGAAUGAUAGUUUAAAAGUUCGAGAACUUUUUCCUCAUGCUAGACUUAUUGCAGUUACAAAUGGAACUACACAUGCCAGCAGCUUGCGAGGUAACUUAUGCGUCGACAAUGUAAUCAUCACAUAUUUUCAAUCAGGCAAUGUUCCACCACGACAAAAUGGUAACGUUGCUGAUGUUAUAUGUUCGCCAUUGCCAGAACCGAGUCCAGCUUCUCGCAUGGCAGCACAAAAACAAAAUAAGUUUCGUUCCCAUCUACAUGGGCACAUGCAUAGAUUGCAUAGAUGA